GAAGGGAGACGAAUAUCAGAUUGUCGACCAUAACCUCAAACGAAAACAAACUUUGACAUUUGGAGUGGUUUCCCCAAAAUCGUGAGCAUCGAUGGAAUUUUAAUCAAUCAAAUAUCGGGAAUUUAGAGUCGAGUGAUGGGAGAUAAGGAGGAGGAGGAUUCUGCUUCGAAUCAGACUGUCGAGGAGAGUGAGAAGGCGGUCACAGAGGCUGAGGGUGAGGCAGCUGAGACUUCGAUCCCACCUGAUUGCAGCUUAGCUGAGAAAGAUGAGCCCCAGACGGUUGCAAAGGACAAAACAAAAAUUGAUAUAUUGCUGAAGGCAACUGGCAAUGCUCCAAUCAUGAAGAAGAAAAAAUGGGCAGUGAGUCCUGAUCAACAGAUUGGGCGGAUCUCAGAAUUCGUCAAGAAAUACUUGAAACUGGAUGCUAAUGAACGAUUGUUUCUCUACAUAAACCAGACAUUCGCUCCAGCCCCCGACCAAACAGUGAAAAACCUCUACGAGUGCUACGGAACAGAUGGGAAGCUAAUAAUCCACUACUGCAAGAGCCAAGCAUGGGGUUGAAAUUAAAGACAGCUUUAAUAAAAAAAUCAUCCAUCAUCCAGGUCUUCAUCACUGUGCGCCAGUUAUUGCGAGGCACAAUUCACUCUUCUCCAGACGUCUCUGGCCAUUGGCCUCUCCCAGGGACUCAUUCCUCUUCAGUGGAGAAUGCUCCUGAUUGACUGGAGCUUGCUUCUCCUCUCGACACCUGCAGCUGUCCUGGGCCGGCCUUAUCGGAUCGUAUUCGCAGACCUCCGAAUGUUUACCUACGAAUAUUUCACAUUUAACAUUUUUUAUUCGAUGAAAGAAUUUUUAAUUUAUUUAAAGACAUUAAAGUGAUUUUAAGUUAUAAUUAGUGCGUUUGGUGGACAAUUUUUUUCAUUUUGAAAUCAAUAUUUAGGCGAUAAAUGCCAGAAAAGUUUUUUUUAGAAUUCUCUGAAAUAUUGUCGGGGCAUCUAGAGAGGUCAUCGAUGAUGAGAAGGUCUCGUAGGCAAGCUCUCAAAUCAAUCGAGAAGGGGUCCAAUUUGCAUUCUAUAUGAUAUUAUUGGCCCUGACCCAUCAUUAAUAGUAACGGAACAUGUAAGGGCUUAAUAUAUGAGAAGUUCCUGGUACCAGGUGACAAGAUUGUAAAAGACUAUUAAAAUUGGUAUAAAAUAUUUAAUUUACAUUUAAUGCUCGGGUGUGCUAUC